AUGGAAGAGGAUAACCAGUCUCAUAAUAUUCCUUUGCUCUGUAGAAAGGGUUGUGGUUUCUUCGGAAGUCCAAAUUUUGAUGGACUUUGCUCAAAGUGUCAUCGCGAUAUGCAGGCCCAGGCUGUGCAAGCUCAACAGAGUUCUAGAAUAGGUUCCAGUCAUCAGCCCAGAAUAGAUAUAUCAAAUAAAAUUCAGAAGUCUACUGAAUUAUAUGCAGACCCUCUUAAAGUAUCUCUGGAUGGAGCUGUUCGCUCGCAAUCAGAUGGGCAGCAAUUAAAUGAUGAUAACUCAACUUUAGAUAAAAUUCGCAAGUCUAUGCCAGAUACAAGUGAUACUAGGGUAUCCAAAUCUCAUUCUUGUGCAGAUUCUUCCAACAGAGAGCUAAAUUCUAACGCAUCUGAUACAGAGGCUGAUGCCGAGGUUAAGGCCAUCACAAUAAGCAGCAGCUCAGAAACCGGUUUGUCAACAUGCAAAUCUGGUUCCGUUGUCGAACAUGUUAGUGAAGCUGCACAAGGAGCACUAGCCAGUCCAGGCGAUGGUUCGAGUAAACCGGGUUCUCCGGCCUCGGCUAAUAGUGCAUCUACUAAAAAGCGCCCUCGUUGUGAUGUCUGUCAUAAACGGGUUGGGCUUACA